UAAACCAGGUGCACAGCCAAAGUAAUAGAGCUGUUUAAAUUAAAAUAACACUUAAUUAACUAUUGAAGCCACAGCCAGAACAAUGUUGAAGAGCAGCUGGUUUUGUUUUCUAUGCGGCUUGGGCUUGUUGGCCCUGACAAGAGCUUCGCCUGCAGUUAGUCGUCAAUAUAGCUGCAUGAGCUUUAUGGAGAAUGAUAAUACGCAACAUGAGGACGACUAUGAGCAGGAUAAUAGCGAAAAUAUUAGCGCGGAGAAUCAGCUGGAGUCCACUGUAGCGGCCAGCAGUGAGCCCCAGAAGCGGAGCUGUAGUGAGGGAUAUACGUUCUGCUUUACGCUCUGGAAUCAAACAGCCGAGGGUGUUAAGCUGGUGAAGCAGGGUUGCUGGAAGGACAACACGGAUCGCAACUCCAUUUGCAGUCAAACGGAAUGCACCAGCUCUGCGCCCACGCCAAGGACCAACUCGCUCUACUAUUGCUGCUGCUCUGGAGAACUUUGCAAUGAGCGUGUCGCUGUGGUCGAACCCGCACCCUUGGAAUUGACCAAAAGUGUAGCCGUGGUAGUGCCCGGACGCGUGCAUUCCGUCUUUAGAGCCACUACGCUGCUUAGCGCUGUGGCUGUAGUCACAAUCAUGAUUAUUAUAGUAAUGCUCUCGCUGCAAUAUUGUCGCAGCUUCAAAGAGAUAAGCGAACCGGAGGAAUCACCGCUGGCGCCCUCGGGACCAGGCUAUAGCUCCAAUUUACGCAAUGUGGACAACAUCAAUUUAAUAGCCAUGCUGGGCAGUGGCAAAUAUGGCACCGUUAUGAAAGGAUUGCUGCAUGAUCAGGAGGUGGCUGUCAAAAUCUAUCCCGAGUCGCAUCAUCAGUACUACGUGAAUGAGCGAAAUAUUUAUGCGCUGCCGCUAAUGGAGUGUCCAGCUCUAUUAAGCUACUUUGGUUACGAUGAGCGCCGCACUAUGGAUGGACGCAUGGAGUAUCAGUUGGUUUUAUCGCUGGCUCCGCUGGGUUGCCUGCAGGACUGGCUUAUAGCCAAUACCACAGACUUUAGUCAAUGCUGUGGCAUGCUGCGCUCCAUUACACGCGGUCUUUCGCAUCUGCACACAGAGCUGCGCCUGGGAGAUCUGCACAAGCCCUGCGUGGCGCAUCGUGAUCUCAAUUCAAGGAAUGUUCUGGUGCAGGCGGAUCUUAGCUGCUGCAUAGCAGACUUUGGCUUUGCGCUGAAGGUUUUCGGCUCCAAGUACGAGUACAAAGGUGAAGUGGCUAUGGCGGAAACCAAAAGCAUCAAUGAAGUGGGCACGCUGCGUUAUAUGGCACCAGAGCUGCUAGAAGGCGCCGUCAAUCUGCGAGAUUGUGAAACGUCGUUGAAGCAAAUGGAUGUCUAUGCGCUGGGCUUGGUGCUGUGGGAGGUGUCCACACGCUGCGCGGAUUUCUAUGCUGCGGGACAAUUGACGCCGCCUUAUAAGGCGCCCUAUGAGCAGGAGGUGGGACCACAUCCAAGCUUCGAUCAAAUGCAGGCACUGGUGGUGCGUCAUAAGGCGCGUCCGCUGUUUCCCGCUUGCUGGGGUGGCGGCGCUGCGGCCAAGCUAGUGCGUGAUACUUGCGAGGAUUGCUGGGAUCAUGAUGCGGAUGCCAGGCUAACCUCACUCUGCGCCGAGGAGCGCAUGCAGGAAAUGUCUAGUCUACGCCCGCGCCUGCAGGCACAGCCCGCUAGUCCGCUGCUGAAUACCAAUAAUCUGGUUAGUCCCGUCACCAUCACGACCACAGCAGCUGCAGUCAUACACAGGCAGCUCAGCUCGGCAGACGGCGGUCUACUGCAGCCACCGCCCAAUCAGCAGCUGCCCACAGAGAAGAAUCACUUGAACUAUGCUCAGCCACAACUGCAGCCGCAUCUGCAAGGACGCAAUCCCUGCCAGGAACGCAAUCUAGCGCCGCAGCCGCUGCGCACUCCGCCUGUGCUGGUGGAGCGCAGCAAGAAGCACAGCUUCCAAUUGCCGCAGGAGCAAAGUCUUUCCUGCCUGGAGCAUGAUGUCAGCGUGGAGGAGCUCAUAGCCACUCGCCAGAACCAGCAGCAGCAGCACCAACAGCAGCACAAGCACAACUCCAGCCUGGGUCAGGGCUUUCCCAAGCAACAGAAUACGGAUCACAAGCUGCGUGGCUGGCAUGGCGUGCGCGCCUUAAUACACAAGAAACUCUUCCGCAAGGAGCUCGCCGAUCAGCUAUGUCGCCAGCUGCAGCUGGGCGAGGAAAAGUCCAAUCUGGUGGCAGCGCUCAAGAGCAGCGACAGAGCGACGCGUCGUCCCAAUAAUCUGGACUUGAACUUGGAUACAGUGCAGCCGCCGCAGCUGCGCAGCGCUGAGCAGCGCAUGGGCACACCCGCUCAUGUGGUGCCGCGCUCGCUCUCCAGCAGCUUGAUCAAGCACAUCAACAACAACAACUGUCUGCUGGGCAACGAGAACGAACUGCAUACGCUGAGCGGCAUGAGAGCUGCCGCCAAGCGUCGUCCUGGCCAUCUGCGCACAAACUCCUUGCUGGUGACAAGUGGGCGCGCCGCCGCCGGCAUCACCGAGCAGCAAAUGCGUCGCCAGCAUAGUCUGGAAGUCUUCCGCGAAGUGUUCAGUGGACGUGGCAGCAGUGAGCGACUGCGCGAUCCCAGCGAGCGUGUCAAGACGCCGGGCGAUGUGCCGCGCUCCGUGCGCAAGGCGCGUGCUUCCAAGACCUUGAGUCUGUACGAUGAUCGCAUGAUGGACUCGUCGCUGUUGAAUAUACUCUAGCAUGAGGAGGUUCUGCUGCUGGAACUCUAAGCGACGUCGACGGCGGCGGCAGCAGAACGUCCAAGUACAACUCAUAUCUCAACUAAAGGUAAAACGAAAUUGCAUAAAACAUAUUCAGUAGAUUGCAGCAUUGAUUGCUUCAUAUAUAUGGAUUGAGUGUGUGUAUUUUUGUCAAUGAUAGUAACGCUGAAUCUAAGAAUUAUAUAGAUAUAGACAGAUACACAGAUAUAUAGUUGUAUAAUGAAUGUAUUUUUUCACCAAUCAUCCUAGCGUUUAGUGCAGCAAACAACCAAAGUCCUUAUAGAUUAGUACACAGAUAGAAGAGUGAGUGA